GGCGCCUCCGCGCCGCCUGGGGAGGGGGCAGUGCCCUCCGAGCCAGAACAGGGAUGUUGUUGGGGCUGGCGGCCAUGGAGCUGAAGGUGUGGGUGGAUGGCAUCCAGCGUGUGGUCUGUGGGGUCUCGGAGCAGACCACCUGCCAGGAAGUGGUCAUCGCACUGGCCCAAGCAAUAGGCCAGACUGGCCGCUUUGUGCUUGUGCAGCGCCUUAGGGAGAAGGAGCGGCAGCUGCUGCCAGAGGAGUGUCCAGUGGGCGCCCAGGCCACCUGCGGACAGUUCGCCAGUGAUGUCCAGUUUGUCCUGAGGCGCACAGGGCCCAGCCUGGUUGGGAGGCCCUCCUCAGACAACUGUCUACCCCCAGAACGCUGCCCAAUUCGUGCCAGCCUCCCUGCAAAGCCACGGGGAGCGCUGGGCUGUGAGCCCCGCAAAACACUGACCCCCGGGCCAGCCCCCAGCCUCUCACACCCUGGGCCUGCGGCCCCUGUGACACCCACACCAGGUUGCUGCACAGACCUGCGGGGCCUGGAGCUCAGGGUGCAGAGGAACGCUGAGGAGCUGGGCCACGAGGCCUUCUGGGAACAGGAACUGCGUCGGGAGCAAGCCCGGGAGCGAGAGGGACAGGCACGCCUGCAGGCGCUAAGUGCGGCCACUGCUGAGCAUGCCGCCCGGCUGCAGGCCCUGGAUGCUCAGGCCCGUGCCCUGGAGGCUGAGCUGCAGCUGGCAGCGGAGGCCCCUGGGCCCCCCUCACCUAUGGCAUCUGCCACUGAGCGCCUGCGCCAGGACCUGGCUGUUCAGGAGCGGCAGAGUGCGGAGGUGCAGGGCAGCCUGGCUCUGGUGAGCCGGGCCCUGGAGGCUGCAGAGCGAGCCCUGCAGGCUCAGGCUCAGGAGCUGGAGGAGCUGAACCGGGAACUCCGUCAGUGCAACCUGCAACAGUUCAUCCAGCAGACCGGGGCUGCGCUGCCACCGCCCCCACGGCCUGACAGGGGCCCUCCUGGCACUCAGGGCCCUCUGCCUUCAGCCAGAGAGGAGUCCCUCCUGGGCACCCCCCCGAGUCCCAUGCUGGUGCCCAGCCUAGGCCCCGAGGCGGCCCCCAUGAAGCAGAACUGGAGGUAGCAGCAGCUCCUGCCCCAGAGUGGUGUCCUCUGGCCGCCCAACCCCAGCCUCUGUGACAGCCUAGUGAGGGCUUCGAGACCAGCCUGCCCAGACCACAGAAGGAGAGUUGGCGGUCACAGAGGGCUCCUCCCCCACACAGUGGGAAGCCCUGGGUUUGGCCUCAGGAGCUGGGGUACAGGGGGGGACUGCCCUAGUCCUUGCCGGUCUGCCAGCACCCUGGAAAAGCACGGGGCAUAGCCAGCUCAGAACCUGCCAGGCCCCAAAGGCCACGACUGCCUGUUGGGGACAGGAGAUGCAUGGACAGUGUGCUCAAGCUGUAAGCAUGUGCUUGCCUAUGGGAGGGGUCCUUCACUGUGUGUACACGGCAAAAGCACGUGUGUGCCACUUCCCCUACCCCAACGUGAAAACCUCAAUAAACUGCCGGAAGCGGCUUGA